AUGAGUCGCAAGUCCCAAGCCACCGCCCAAAGCUCCUUCAAGUGCCAAGUGUGCGGCAAAGUGUUCGGCCAACAGGGUCAUCUCUUCAUUCACAAGAAUGUCCACGCGGAGGUGAGGCCCUUCGGAUGCGACACCUGCGGCAGGCGCUUCAGUCAGAAGGGAAACCUCCUUCGCCACUCGCUCUUGCACACCAACGAGAAGCCCUUCGGAUGCGGCGUCUGCAGGAAGUUCUUCGUGCAAAAGGCUCACUUGGUGAAACACGUGGUGGUUCACAGGCAGAGGCUGGCUGCCCUCAAGAGGUGUCGGCGGAGGGAGGCGUUGGAGCGAGGGUCCUCCGCUGAGGCCAAGGAGGGCGCCCUCAGGUGCAAGGUCUGCGGAUUACAGUUCAGGCGGAUUUUCCAGCUGAUGGAACACCUGAAGGCCCAGCAUAUUCUCGGAAGGGAAGGGAAAUAG